UUGAUUCUAUAGCGAAUUCCAAGAAGAAGAACAAGAACCUCUCAAGACUCCAUUUGUGGAAAAUUCUAGGGUUUCUCCUUGUGAGGAUGAGGCUCUUGAAGGUCGCCACCUGCAAUCUGAACCAAUGGGCCAUGGAUUUUGAUAACAAUCUUCGCAACAUCAAGAAAUCUAUUGCUAGGGCCAAAGAAGCCGGCGCUGUCAUCCGACUUGGCCCCGAGCUCGAGAUUACUGGUUAUGGUUGUGAGGAUCACUUCUUGGAGGAGGACACCGUUACACACUCGUGGGAGUGCUUGAAAGAUCUUUUGUUGGGUGAUUUGACUGACAAUGUGUUGUGUGGUAUUGGAAUGCCAAUUAUUCAUGACAGUGUGCGCUACAACUGCCAGGUCUUUUGUAUGAACCGGAGAAUACUCAUGAUCCGUCCGAAGAUGUCCCUUGCCAAUGAUGGAAACUAUAGGGAGCUCCGGUGGUUCUCGGCUUGGACACAUAAAUACAUGCUUGUGGACUUCCAGCUCCCUUCUGAUGUUUCAGAGGCAAUUUCACAGAGUUCAGCACCUUUUGGUUAUGGAUAUAUCCAGUUUCUUGAUGUAGCUGUUGCUGCUGAAAUAUGUGAAGAACUCUUCACUGCUGAUCCACCUCGCAUUGGACUUGCAUUGAAUGGUGUUGAGGUUUUUCUGAAUGCAAGUGGAAGCCACCAUCAACUAAGAAAACUCAAUGUGCGAAUUGAUGCAAUUAAAAAUGCAACCCUCUCCUGUGGAGGGGUUUACAUGUACAGUAAUCACCAGGGUUGUGAUGGUGCUCGGCUUUAUUAUGAUGGAUGCUCUUGUAUUGUGAUUAAUGGAGAUGUGGUCGCUCAAGGGUCUCAAUUUUCUCUGAAGGAUGUUGAAGUUUUGAUUGCACAAGUAGAUCUUGAUGCUGUUUCUAGUUAUCGAGGAUCUAUAAGUAGUUUCAGAGAGCAAGCUAGUCAAAAACAAAAAGUUUUCUCAGUGAAAGCACCUUACAAGAUUUGCCAAUCAUUUAAGCUCCAGAUGGUCCCUACCGCUCCAGUUGAGGUUAAGUAUCAUUGUCCUGAGGAAGAAAUCGCAUUUGGCCCUAGUUGUUGGUUAUGGGAUUAUCUGCGAAGAAGUGGUGCAUCUGGUUUUCUUCUUCCACUUUCAGGUGGAGCAGAUAGUUCUGCUGUUGCAGCUAUUGUGGGCUGCAUGUGUCAGCUGGUCAUUAAAGACAUAGAAAAUGGAGACGAGCAAGUCAAAACUGAUGCAAUUCGCAUUGGACAGUACAAGAAUGGAGAGUUCCCAACUGACAGCAAAGAAUUUGCUAGACGUGUAUUUUACACAGUUUACAUGGGAACCGAGAAUAGCUCUGAAGCGACUCGAUCACGUGCCAAGAAGCUUGCAGAUGAGAUUGGUUCGUGGCACCUCGAUGUGCCUAUAGAUAGUGUUAUUUCUGCAUUGCUCUCUUUGUUCCAGACUCUUACAGGAAAGCGUCCAUGCUACAAGGUUGAUGGAGGAUCAAAUACUGAGAAUUUAGCAUUGCAGAAUAUUCAAGCUCGUGUUAGGAUGGUGCUAGCAUUUAUGUUAGCAUCCCUUAUGCCAUGGGUUCAUAAUAAAUCGGGAUUUUAUCUCGUAUUAGGUAGUUCAAAUGUUGAUGAAGGAUUACGCGGCUACCUAACUAAGUAUGAUUGCAGUUCAGCUGAUAUAAAUCCUAUUGGAAGUGUGAGUAAGGUGGACCUUCGGUCUUUUUUACGGUGGGGGGCAGCUCAUCUUGGAUAUGCUUCUUUGGCAGAUAUUGAAGCAGCUCCGCCUACCGCAGAACUGGAGCCCAUACGUUCUAACUACAACCAGUUGGAUGAAGUGGACAUGGGAAUGACAUAUGAGGAGUUGUCAGUCUAUGGAAGGUUGAGGAAGAUUUUCCGUUGUGGUCCUGUGUCAAUGUUUCAGAAUCUAUGCCACAAAUGGUGCGGAAAAUUAACUCCAUCAGAGGUAGCGGAGAAAGUAAAACAUUUCUUCAAGUACUAUUCAAUCAACCGACAUAAGAUGACUGUCUUAACACCCUCAUAUCAUGCUGAGAGUUAUUCACCAGAAGAUAACAGGUUUGAUCUUCGGCAAUUUCUGUACAACUGGAGAUGGCCUUAUCAAUUUCGCAAGAUCGAUGAACUCGUGCAAGAGAUGGGUGAAGAUAAAACCAAAGUUCCUCUCAUAGCCGAAAGACCAGGUGAUUCAGAAAACACCUCAGAUUGGGGCGGUGGCAUGGGAGUUGUGGCUGCAGGAUCCGGAAAUCCAAAUGUUGGUCUGUAGAACCAGUUGAAGUAUGAAACAGAAACUAAUUUUAACAGGUGCUGAAAGCUGGGCUGGAGGAUCAGUUCCAGUAUUUCGUUAUUUUUUAAGGAAAAAAGAAACGAGACAUUCGUGUUCUUUUUUGUUUCAUGCUAUCUGUUUUUAUACUAAUUUUCAUAAAAAAUGUAUUAUUUAUCUAUAACAUCAAAUUCAUUUUUUACAUGGGGAAUAAAGAUUCUUCUCUGUUAA